AUGGCCCAGAAGGUUGUGCUGAAGGUACUCACCAUGACUGAUGAGAAAACAAAGCAAAAAGCCAUAGAAGCAGCUGCAGAUAUUUUUGGGGUGGACUCAAUUGCUGCUGAUCUGAAUACCCAAAAGCUAACAGUUAUUGGUGAGAUGGAUGCUGUUGCUGUUGUGAAGAAACUGAAGAAAGUUGGUAAAGUUGAUAUCUUAUCAGUUGGUCCAGCAAAAGAGGAGAAAAAAGAAGAAAAAAAGGAAGAGAAAAAGGAAGAAAAGAAAGAGGAGAAGAAAGAAGAGAAGAAAGAGGAAAAUAAAGAGGAGAAGAAGGUAGAGGAAAAAAAACAUUAA